AUGUCACUUUCUUUGCCCGGACCUUCCCAGGCGGGUCUCUUCAAGCCUGGAUAUCAGAGCCAUGACGCGGAAGAUGGCGCCGUUAUCCGCAACAUUGAAGCCUGCCAGGCGAUCUCCCAGACCGUCCAAACAUCGCUUGGUCCCUACGGCCGCAACAAGAUCGUCAUCAACCACUUGCAAAAAAUGAUCCUCACUUCAGAUGCUGCUACAAUUCUGCGUGAAUUGGAAGUGGUGCACCCGGCCGCCAAGUUGCUGGUCAUGGCGAGUCAACAGCAGGAUUCGGAGAUGGGCGACGGAACCAACCUGGUCAUCGUUUUGGCGGGCGAGCUCUUGAAGAAGGCUGAGGAAUUGCUUCGGCUAGGUCUGAAGACGAGUGAUAUCACUCAGGGAUACGAGAAGGCGCAGAACUUUGCUCUUAAGACACUAGAAGACCUCCAAGUCGACCGCUUGCAGGAACUCCGGUCCCAGACCGAGCUCAGCAAGGCCCUCCGUACGGUAGUUGCCAGCAAACAAUCCGGAGCCGAGGCGCUCCUCGCAGACCUCGUCGCAGAGGCUGUCCUCGCCGUCCUGCCCAAGAACCCCGUCAACUUCAACGUCGACAAUGUCCGCGUCGUCAAGAUCAUGGGCGGAAGCCUGGAGCAGUCCCGCGUGAUCAAGGGUAUGGUGUUUGGCCGGGAACCCGAUGGCACAGUCAAGAAAGCCCGCAAGGCCAAGGUCGGAGUCUUCAGCUGCCCGAUCGACAUCUCCCAGACCGAAACCAAGGGCACAGUCCUUCUGAAGAACGCCCAGGAGAUGCUCGACUUCACCAAGGGUGAAGAAGAGCGCCUCGAACUAGCCAUCAAGGAGCUUUACGACUCCGGACUUCGCGUCGUCGUUGCGGGCGCCACGGUCGGCGACCUCGCGCUCCACUACCUCAACCGCUUCAACAUCCUCGUGAUCAAGAUCCUCUCCAAGUACGAGCUCCGCCGACUCUGCCGCGUCGUUGGUGCUACGCCCCUCGCUCGCCUCGGCGCUCCCAUGCCCGAUGAGAUGGGAUCCAUCGACGUCGUCGAGACCACCGAGAUCGGCGGCGACCGCGUCACCGUCUUCCGCCAGGAAGACUCCACGGCCGUCACGCGCACCUCGACCAUCGUCCUCCGCGGCGCCACCCAGAACCACCUCGAUGACGUCGAGCGCGCCAUCGACGACGGCGUCAACGCCGUCAAGGCCAUCACCAAGGACCCCCGCCUCGUCCCGGGAGCCGGCGCCACAGAGAUCCAGCUCGUCAACCGCAUCUCCGCCUUCGCAGACAGGACACCCGGUCUGCCUCAGUAUGCUAUCCGCAAGUACGCCGAGGCGUUCGAGGUUGUCCCGCGCACCCUCGCCGAGUCCGCGGGUCUCGACGCGACCGAGGUCCUCUCUCGUCUUUACACCGCUCACCACCGCGCGAACGCUGGCGCCGAGUCAUCCGGGGACGACGACGAGGAGGAGGAUGGAGAGGAGGGUGGCUCUGGGGAAGACGAGGAGGAGCCCUACUGGACCACUGGUGUUGAUCUUGAGGGGACGUCGGCUGCUGGUACCUUGGAUGCCGUGGAAGAGGGUAUUCUCGACUUGCUCGCUUCCAAGAGCUGGGCUAUCCGUCUGGCUAGUGAGGCUGCUCGGACUGUUCUUAGCGUUGACCAGAUCAUCGUUGCUCGACAGGCUGGUGGGCCGAAGCCUCCUGGCCCCAACCCCAACUGGGAUGAGGACUAA